CCAGUCUUGAAUCUUGUUGAUUGGAGUUGAUAAUUGUUGUCACUCCCCCGUAUGAUAAUUUCCCGUUUUUGCGUUCGUGCAAUGAGUGGAAAGUUAGCUUGCGCACUAAACCCGAGCAUAAAUUUAUCAAAAAUCGCAAGGUUAGUCUCGCUGUGCACUCUCCUGUUGUAAAUUAAUUAACAAUAAAUAAUUUCCCAACAAAAAAGUGAUGUCACUCCCGUUGGAAGCUAGCAUGUAGCCGUGGUGGGACGAAACGUCAAACGUCAGUCAGUUUGUCCGCGCCUACAGCUGUGAAAAAUGCAACAAAACAUCAAAUAAUCAGUUUUUCGUCGUAAAAAACUUGCAAAAAAGCUCAAGUGAUGUGCAAUUCUCCGACCUAGCUCGUCGUGCGCCCCAGGUUGAAAUUGGCGAAAUAGUUCCGGCUUGAAUCAUGGAUGAGAAUAGCGAAAAUCACACUCCCGACCCCAAAGUCCCCGAGUCCCCGAAACCGCUCGCUUUCACCGUCGAUUUCGGCGACGGGAAGGCCAUAGACACGCAACGCCACAAAAGCCUAGUCGAGAAGUUCCAAAAGAAGCACCGCAGGGGCCAGUCGCUGUCCAAGCUCGAGGAGCCCCAGCUGGGCCCCGCGCGCAAGCACCCCAACACCGGGAACCUGCCCCGCAAGUCGAGCUUCCAAUCCGAGGGCUACUUCUCCUCCGACGAGAAAAGUGACCGGGUUAAAAGUGCGAAACGGGGCGAGUUGACGUUGCCUUUGAAAAGUGUCGUGGACAAAAUGAGCCAGUCGUUUCCAAACAGUGGGUUUUUUAACAUAAAAUCGCCAGAGAUCGAACUGAAGGAUGUGUCAAGUCCGGAACUGGACUUGAUAAGUCCGUUCAGUCCCUCGCAGAGUAAGUCUAACCUCGCUAAACAGUUACCAAGUCCUAAAAAGGACGCUGAGAAUUUAGUCGAAGGGACUGAGUUUGAUUUUGACAAGUCUGACACUGUCAGUGACGCUGGCACCUACACACUAGAUGCUGACAAUUAUUCCGAGGAACAAAAGGCACGAAUGAGCAUCGAUGCGGAGUUCAAAAUCGAACAAAUCUCAGUAUUGAAAAAGACCGAAGAUUACAUUAAGAGCCUCAACACGUACAAGCAAAAAAACCAGCCUGACAUUACUAAAACCGUGCAAGAAUUAAACUUGAAUGAUACCCCCAACCCCCCGUCACCAAAAUCCCCAAAACAUAGCACGCCAAACGUCAAAAAUUUCACAAAAACCAGCGCAAAAAUGCUAUCACCGAUCCUGUCUCCGACGCAAAACCUCUCAAUCACGCAAGACGAGGAGAAAAACGCCGAUUUGACCAACAAGACUUUCACGAAAAUUAUGUUCCCAAGCCCUAAGGCACGCAACGCCAAUGGACUCGAACAACUUGUUGAUCAAGGCAGCGUCAUUUCGGUCACCUCAAGUGGGGCUUUCCGCAGCGAAAGACCGAAGCCCCGAAAAUUGAGCUUAACAAAAUCGGAAGUCCGGGUCGAGGCUUACGUUGGCAACAAGGUCGAGGUCAGCGAAAGUACCGUCAGGGUUGGCAACCCCCUAAAAAAGUUAACAGCGAAUCUGGUCAAUGUUGAGAGUAUUUCGACGAACGGUGUCCCAGUUGAGGAAAAUGUGGUUAGUGGAAGUCUAGUUUUGGGAAAAGUCACUUCGCCGUCGAAAAUCCCGUCGCCGAUUCACACGUUGUCGCGGCCGCGAAGUCGCAAUAGUGCCAACUUGGACUUGAGCGAUAGCAGUUUGGAGACGGAGUCGUACUUGAAACCGACUCAGAAUUGCAUAAAUUCGCUGCAGCAGAGACUGUCGCUUGAUAGCGACCAGGAGAGCGAUUAUUUGAACAAUUCACCGCACAGUUUAUUGAAACAGCGGGCGAUUCACAUUCGGCACAACUCACUUGAUGACAAGAACAUGAAAAUAUCGAACAAACUCGAGCACUUCCAAAGCAAGAACUUGCAAAGUAUUGACCAAACAUUCAAUGUGUUAAAUCAAUACGCAAAGCCCAUUCAUAAGAUACAGAAUUCGCCCAACAAUUCGCCGAUUCGACGCUCGAGUAGUUUUACGACGAAGAACCCGAUUCCGGCGAAAAACACCAACGUGGUGUUACAAGAAACGAUACGCAACUCGCCUAACCUUAGUCGGAACACUUCGAUACAAAGAUCGGCCUCAACGGCAAACAUCAAACCGAAUUUCCUCCAACUCAGACGUUCGAGUAUCUCGAACGACCACCAGAAAAUCGACCGGAAUCAAUUCGGCGAUACGGAGUCGAGUUCCGAGGAGGAUUUCGAGAAGAACUUAUCGAAAAAGAAAGAUUUGUCGAAUUUGACCAACACGAGGUACAACCGGGCGUUUAGUCUGCGGAGGGCGCGCCUCGAUGAGCCUGUCGUUUCACCAAAGUGCCCCAACACCCCAGAAAUGCGGCGCAAGUUCCAGCCGGAGCAUCUCCGGACGGAGCGAGCGAUUUCUGUGGAUAGGAAACCAGUGAAGACGAAUGAGGUUCAAAGUAGGUACCUGUUGAAUGUUACCAAGAAACCGCCGGUUAAAACCGAACCGGUUAAGACUACUGUGCCAAAAAGUACGACGACGAAGGCGCAAGUGUUUUCGAGGACGGACAAUGGGAGGUUUAGUAUGAGGGCGGCGAAACCGCCAACGACGGGGGGACAAAAACCGGUCAAGAAAGAUGCCAAUGGUAAAAAAUCUAGCGGUCGUAGCAACUCAUCGUUAUCAAGUCGAGAGAAAGAAUUUCAAAAUUGGAAACGACGGAAAAGCUACGAUCCGAUGAAAGCAGCCGCCGAAGGCAAGCGAAAAGAAAUGGCCAAAAGACAAAACAGCAUGACACAGUCAUACACGGAGGCCAAUCAGAAUCAAGACUGUGAUAGUUCCCCGUCCCAUUCCAGUUCGGUGCAUCGCUCUCAGAGCUUUCACGGCACAGCCGCCCUCGAACAGCUCAUAAGUUCAGAGGAGGAGGAAGACUUGACCCUCUCUGCCGACGAGGGUUUCAGUCCUCCAACCCCGAGUCCUUGCGAAUUGAGUCCAGCAAGGGCGAGUUUGCGAAUCGCUUGGAAGGAUCACGUCCUCCAUUAAUUUCGACGACAUUCGAACGAAUCAUUUUGUUAUUAUUUAUUACAGUACUUAGGUAAUGUUUGCACAAAAACAACGGCAGUCGGUGCAAUAUACAUACUAAAGCUCAAGAUCCAAUCGCAUGCCAAAUUUUUUAAAACAACUGCCGAAAUUAUUUUGCUGUGAUAUCGUUUGUUUUAUUAGUUGUAAGCACAACUGGGGGCGGAAACAGUGGCAUUACCUACGUACGUGUUUUGUUUAGUGUGUAAAUAUGACCAUAUCAUUGUUUUUUCUCGGUUGUCGCACUUAUUAUUUUUGUGUUUCAUUGCAAAAAAAGCAACGAAGACGCGAUUGCGGGAAAGACAGUUUCGUACUUCAAGAAUCUCUUCCAAAGUUAAGUAAAAGAAAAGUAACCAACAUGUAGGUGUAAUAAAUUAUUUUAGUUUUUUUAUCGUUACUUUUCUUUCAAUACAUGUAUGUUACUUUUAUUUUAUAGGCUAAGUUUAGGAUAUAACCAAAUGUGAUUUUAUAAUCUGAGAUUAUUAAAUGUGCAAAUAUUUUUAUUAUUCUCUGUAGUUAAGUUGUGCGAGAUAUUUAAAAUGGCUUGUUACAAUUUUACUAAAGUCAGUCGAUGACUGUCCACUGAGUUACAUACUUGUUUUUACCGUUGGUAGCUCUCUCAUAUGUGUUGCUUAUUUACAGAGAAUUUCUGCUUUGUAUAAAUAAAUUAUCUAUUAAAAUGA